UAGUCGUUUUUACGUUCUGCUGAGAAAGAACCAAAGACAGCAAACAUUUGUGUAGAUAGCUGUCUUGUUAGUUAACCUAGCUAGUUAGUUAUGUCUCAAAAAAAGACAAUAGCUAAAGCUAUUUGGACUUUAAAACGCUAUGGACGUUUUUUACCAAGAGCAAAAGACAGCGGAGGCACCUCUUCUUGGAAGGUGUUCGAGUCCAGUGAAAGCACAGGCAAGUUGGAACUGAUGAUACUGGAAUCUGGUCAUCUGCUUGUCUCACAGGCUCAGGAACUGCUGGAGGGGUUCUCUCUUCUCAAUGCUAGGAGUUUUCUAAAGAUCCAUCAGAAAUCUGACAGUCUGCUUUUCCACAUGACAUCGAAGGGUGAGAGCCGUAUGAUGAGACUGCAGUUUGAUGGCAGUAACAGGUCUGAAGCAGUAGAUUUAUGUAGGAAGGCUGUGGAGAGACUUCAGGAAUAUCUCCCUAUAGGCACAGAAGAGCAGCCUGCCCCUCCCCCUUCAACUCAAACCACUGAAACUGUACCAUGUGACCAUCAAAAGCAGGCUCCUAUAGAUGCACCACAGGCUGUCCCAGACGUUACCCAGGAAUCUGUGACCAUUAAGCAUCUUUCUCAGCAUUUCCUGGGCCUACAUGGGCUGUCCCUGCCCUUGGCGUAUCGUCAUUGUACUGUGCCCCCUAGUACUAUGGAGGCGCUGUUGCGCCUGUGUCUGCUUGACUCUGGCUUCCCUGCCUUUGUAGAAGAGGUGGAAAACAAGUUGAAGGAGCUGAUCCAGGAGUGAGAAACGGCCAGGAGCUCCUUUUCUCCUUGGAUACUUUCAUACGGUCGAGAUGUGCAGUCUUCUAUGGAGCAGGAAGCAAGAACAACACAUUGGAGCAGGGGAAACAAGAACACUGCACAUUAGCUUGUUGCUCUUUUUCUUUUGUGCAUCUUUUGAAUUCCAGGUAUGUUGAGGCCAACAGUGAUAGUCAUAUAAAGCUAUGGUGUGGUUCAGGUCAUAGUUCCCUGUUGGCAUAUAUAUAUAUAUAUGAAGUUAUAGGCAGCAGACUGUUCAUUUUGUCAGGUUUGGAAUGUAUGCUUGUGUCUCUCAACAUAUCACAUGCAUCUGUCUAGGCCCUUUUCUAUAUGUACUGUAUGAUAGUUCAUUAAUUCAUUGCUGACUAAUAUAGCCAAUUUAUGGCAUUGUUAGAGAAAGAUGGUAUAGCAGUUUGCAGCCCCAUGUGACCUCACCAUUGGGACCAGUGAAGUUCCCUGUGAAGUCUGCUAAAUGAAAUCUGUUGAUGUCCUACAGCACUAGCAGUAAUGCAGUAAU